UAUUAUGAGUACUGUUAAUUUGGGUUUAUUAAAACCAGAUGGUCUACCAUUACACCAACAACAGUAUCAACAACAACAACAACAGCAACAACAACAAUCACAACAACAACAGGGAACUAAUACUAAUACAGGUGGUAAUAAUCGUAAUUCCGGUAGUAAUAUAGGAAAUAAUAAUAGUGGUAACAGUGGUGGUAUUGGUGGCAAUAAUAUUAAUAAUAUAAAUAUUAAUAGCCCAAAUGUUGGUAUCAAUAAUAUUAAUAGUGGUUCAACAACAACUUUUACAAAUGGUGGAGCAUAUACAAGUUUAAAUGAUGAUCCACAAAAUAAACCAUUACCAGCAAUUGUUUAUAUUCAUGGUGAAUCAUAUGAAUGGAAUUCAGGAAAUCCGUAUGAUGGUUCUGUAUUAGCUGCACAUGGUAAUGUUAUUGUUGUAACAUUAAAUUUCCGGUUAGGUGUAUUAGGAUUCCUAAAAACUGGUGGUAAAACAAGUGCUCAAGGGAAUUUUGGUCUUAUGGAUUUGGUUGCUGGAUUACAUUGGUUACGUGAAAAUUUACCAGCAUUUGGUGGUGAUCCAAAAAAAGUCACGGUUAUGGGUCAUGGAACUGGUGCUGCAUUAGCAAAUAUUUUAAUAGUAUCACCUGUUGCAAGUGAUUUGAUUCAUAGAGCAAUUCUAUUAAGUGGAUCAGCAUUAUCACCCUGGGCCAUACAAAAAGAUCCAUUAUUAGUUAAACGUAGAGUUGCUGAACAUACAGGAUGUCAUGGCGAUUUAUUAGUUGAUGAUUUAGCACCAUGUUUACGAACAAAAAGUAUUGAUGAAUUACUUCAAAUAAAAAUUGAUCAGCCAAGGUUCUUACCAGGAUUUGCUCCAUUUAUUGAUGGAACUGUAAUUGCACAUUCAUCAGCGAGCUUAACCAGACCGCUAACAUUACCAGUUGGUUCAGCAAUUUCAAGCACAUCUGGUUUAGAAUUUGCUGAUUUCCCAGAACGUGAAUUAAUAUUUGGUUUAACAUCAAUUGAAUCAUAUUUAGAUUUAUCAGCACAGGAUUUAGAAUUUGGUUUUAAUGAGACACGACGUGAUCGCAUAUUACGAACAUUUGUUCGUAACGUAUAUCACUAUCAUUUAAAUGAAAUUUUUUCAGUAUUAAAGAACGAAUAUACUGAUUGGGAGAAAACAUAUCGUAGUCCUUUAACAUCUAGGGAUGCAACAUUAGAAUUUCUUAGUGAUGGUCAUACUGUAGCACCACUUAUUCGUUUAGGUUAUUUACAUAGUAUACGCGGUGGAAGAACAUAUUUUUUACAUUUUCGUCAUCAAUCUGGUGAAAGAGAAUUCCCUCAGCGUUCGGGAUCUCUACAUGGUGAAGAUGUACCAUAUUGGUUUGGACUUCCAAUUUCAUCAUUAUUUCCAUAUAAUUAUACAAAACAAGACAUUAAGCAGAGUAAAAUUCUAAUACGUUAUCUUUCAAAUUUUGCUCAAACUGGAAAUCCAAAUGAGAAUACAAUCGGUCCAAUAGACAUAUCUCAUAAUAUUUUGCAUGGUAAUAAAGCAUCAAAAUUUUUAGAGUCAUCAUCUUUAACAUUAUCGUCAUCGAUGAUGAAUGCAUCUAAAAUAAUACAAUUUCCAAUAGCACCAACAUCGGCAAAAAUAUUAAAAGAAUCAACAACAAAAUCAGGAUUCAAUCAAAAUGCUAUUGAUAAACCAAAUCCUACAAUUAAUUCUAGAUCAACAACGACAACAUUAGUUAAACAUCAUGAUGAUCAAUAUUUUAAACAACAAUAUCAUCAUUUAACACCAUUUCAAUCGGAAGAACCAAGAUCAUCAGCAUCAUUGACAACAUUAAUUAAUGAUGGAACUGUUAUAACUCCAACAUUACAACAUCCGCCAUCACCAUCAUCAUCAGCAACACUUGCAUACUAUCAAAGUCAUUCUUCGAUACCAAAAAAUUUAAAUCAAUCUAAUGCUAAUACUUCCUAUAUUUUCAAUAACAAUUUCAAUACAUAUAGGAUUUUAAAUCAAAGUUCUUCUUUAAUUUCAAAUCAAUUAAAAAAUACAUUGUUUGUAAAUAAUAAUGAUAAUCAACAAUUAUCAAGAACGUCUUCCUUAGUUAUGGGAACUUUAGCAACAAAUAGUAUAGCUAGUACUAGAUCAACAUCAAGAUCAAAACGUCAUGUAACAUUCUUUCAAUCAUUUUCAAAUAAAGUAUUUAAAAGAAGAAAGCGAAAAACAACAAAACAUUCAAAACGAAAAAAAUUAAAUGGUAUCAAUGGUAAUUUUACUCCUAUUGAAUUAGUUGGUACCAUUAAUGGUAGUUAUAAUAAUAAUAGUUUUUUACGUAAACGUUAUCCAAUAAUUUUACGUUCCGGUAUGAAAACAACAAAUAUUAAUGGGAAAUAUGAUAAACCGGUACGACACAAUAAUAUAAAUGUACAAAGCGAUCAAGGUGAUUUCGAUGAUGAUGAAGAUGGUGAUGAUGAUAAUCAUGAUGGUGAUGACGAAGAUGAUGAUGAAGAUGAAAAUGAUGAAGAUGACUUUGGUCGUAGUAAUCGUAAUGGUGGUAAUGUUGGUGAAAAUAAUAUAAAUAAUAACAACAACAACAAUAAUAAUAACGGUAAAAAUGAUAUUGAUAAUUUUGAUGAUGAUAUUAAUGGUAAGGGUAACAAAAAUGAGAAAUAUGAUCGUUUUACUGAUGAUAUCAGCGAUUAUCAUUUACCAUUUUGGGAUACAUACGAUACUAUCAAUCAGCUUUAUUUAGAUUUGGGAAAUAAGGUUGAAAUACGAAAUCAUUAUCGUGGUCAUAAACUUUCAAUGUGGUUAAACUUAAUACCGCAAUUACAUUCACCAGGUAAUUUAAAUGAUUUACCAAUGCGACAUCAUCAUUUCGCAGAGGAUAGUGCACAAUAUUAUGAUGGAAUCAUAAGACCACAAAUAACACAGAGGCCAUUUUAUGCAAAAUCAAAUACACCAACACCUCAAUUUACAACAACAAUUAAUCCAACAUUAACUACAACCGAAUGCAUAUUAAAUGCAACAGUAGUUCCAACAAUUGCAGCAACACGACCAUUAAAUCAUCAGCAAAAUGGAAGUGUUAAUUCAAUAAUGAAUGAUGCAAAAUCGGAAGAAAAUAAUGAUUUAUUGCAUCGUAUUACAAAUUCACAAAAUCAAAGUUAUACGACAGCUUUAGUUAUAACAAUUUCAGUUGGUUGCUUUCUUUUAUUAUUGAAUUUAUUGAUAUUUGCUGGUAUUUAUUAUCAAAGAGAACGAAGAAUUUCAUAUAUUAAACAGAAAGAGGAACUUCGUAAAGCAGAACGUUGUGCAUCACCGAUUUUAAUUUCUGAAAAAGUAGAUAGACCAAGUUGUUCCGGUGAUAUGGGUAAAAGUAGUAGAAAAUCAUCAUUACAAAGUUUAACUGGAUUCAAUUCAAGUGGUAGUUUUGGUGAAUAUAGUUGUUAUGAUGAGAAAAUUCAAUGUAAAGAAAAACAUGCAUUAGCUGAUAUAUGUAGUGUUGAAUUACCAUUAAAAGAAUUUAAAAGUUCUUCACCAAAUUCAUCGAAUACCGGCAGUUUACGGCGUAAUGCAACUAUGAGUCCUCAACAACAACUGCAACAGCAACAACAAAAUCAACAACAACAACAACAACAGCAGCAGCAGCAACAACAACAACAACCAAGUGGCCUUCUUAUAUAUCCACCGUCUUAUCAUAACCCAAAUUUACAACAUCAUAGUUUAACACAAAAAGUUGUUUAUCCACCAGCUGUAGCUACGGCAGCUGCAGUUGCAGUCGUUGAACAAGCAGCUGUUGUACCACCAUCAUCUGAUCCAAAUACUGGUUUAGUAACAUACUCACAAUUUCAUAAACAAAUUCAACAACAUGUUCAUCAUCAACAUAGUCAUCAUCAGCAUAGUCAUAUGCAUCGACCAUUAUUACAAUUACAUACAAUGGGUGCUAGUACUGAUUCAACAACAUCAAAUCAAUUAGAACAAAUGAAUCAAUCAACACAAUCAGAACAAAAGGAUAUACAAAAUAUACAAGCGAAUACAAAUUGUGGUGGAAUUGAUGAAAAAACAGUUGUUGUAAUGGUAAGUGGUAAUGCAUCAACAAGCGGUGAUGGUCUUUUAAGUGCUGCAUCAAAUUCAGCACAAAAAAAAUUAGAAACCGGAUCAAAUUGUAGUGGAAGUAGUAGUAUAAGUACAAGUGUUGCUGGUAGCGGCCUAACAAUUACAUGUGAAAGUAAUGAAAAUGAAGAUAUUGAUAUACAAUUAAGUCCAGGUAUACCAGAACCACCACCACCACCAAAAUCAACAGCACCAUAUCAAGGUGGUAUAUUAAGACAACCGGGACCACCAACAACACCAGGCACAAAUAAAAAACGUGUUCAAAUUCAAGAAAUUUCUGUAUAAAUUUUUAAAAAAAUUUUAACAAAUUGAAUAUUAAAGUAUACAUAUAUGAAGAAAAUGGAGAAAAAAAAAUUGAUUUAAGUAACGCUAUAUCGAAAAUUUAAAAAAAAAAAUUGUAAUAAAAAAUUUAUAUACAAUUUAAUAUUGACAUAAUGUUAUAAUUAACUGAGCAAUUAAUUAAAUUGUUAAACUGGGAAAAUAAUAAUUUACUUGUAUUUUUUUUUCUAUAUUUUAAUUUUAAUUUAAAUAUUAUUUAUUUUAUUGUUAACAAUAAAUUUACUAUAUAUAUAUUAUAUUAAAAUUUAACACGUCAUCAUUUUUGUAAAAUUUUUUAUUUAUUUAAAUAAUUUUUCCAAUUUAUUAUAUUGAACUUAAUUGAACUUAUUUGAUUGGAUUUGAUUAAAAUGCAAAAAUUUAAUAUAUGAUUAAAAUUUUUCAAACAAUAUUCAUUAUAUUAUUAUAAUAAAUUAUAUUAGUCAGUCAGUUGAUUUUAUUAAUACCACAAAAACAAAAUCCUUAAAUACAAAUUGAAUUAAAUUAAAAUUACAGAAAACGUAAUAUUAUUAAGCUAAUCAGGUUUUUAACUCAUUUCUGCCUAAAUAUACAAUUUUUGUCCAAAUAUUAAUAUUGUGGUAAUGCUCCUUUAAUGCUCAUUUCGGCUUAUAAACACAAUUUGGUGGAUUGUAUACUAGUAUAACGUUCAUGCAAAUUUGAGAAUCAUAUAAUUAAUUUUUGAAACUUUCAUCAAAAAUACUAAAGUUUCCUUGGAAUUACGGCAAAUUUUGGCAAAAUCUUUUGAAUCUUUUCAAUUUAUAAAAUUCAGUUUCGAACCUUAUAUCAAAUAACCUUUAGUAUAUUAAUAAUACUUUUUAAAUUAAAAUUAAUUCUUUCAGUGAAUUUCAAAUAUAUAAGGAUUACCCCCAAAAAUAUUGUGUAUAUUCUAAAUUUCAUUAUUAUAAAGGACAACUAAACUAAAUAGUUAAAAUUCAAUUACAUAAUGUUGAA